AUGGCUAUCAAAACUAUUUAUAUUGCUAGACAUGGUUACAGGUCGAAUUGGUUACCAAAGGGUCCAUACCCUCCACCUCCUACUGGUGUGGAUAGUGAUGUGCCGUUAGCUGAACAUGGUAUUAACCAGGCAAAGGAAUUGGCACAUUACAUUUUAUCUAUUGAUAAUCAGCCCGAGAUGAUCUUUUCAUCACCAUUUUAUCGUUGUAUUCAGACUACCGAUCCAAUUGCAAGUUAUUUGGAACAACCGAUUUAUCUAGAUCGUGGUAUUGGUGAAUGGUAUAAACCUGAUAGACCUGUUAUUCCGGAACCUGCACCUUUCGAAGUUUUGGAUAGCUUAUUCCCUAACAAGAUCAGUCCAGAUUGGAAGGAUACCAUUGUUCCAAGCAAUAAGGGUGAAGAUGAAGAUCAAAUUUUUGUAAGAUGUAAAAAAUUUUGGCCAAUGUUUAUUCAAAAUAUUGAGACUGAAUUUCCAAAUAUUGAAACAAUUCUAAUUGUAACACAUGCUGCCACGAAAAUUGCAUUAGGUAUGAGUUUAUUAAGAUUACAAAGCUGUAGGGAGUCAAUUGACGAAGAUGGUACGAUAAUAAGGAGUGGUAGUUGUUCAUUAGAUAAAUAUGAGUUACUUCAGGCCAAAAAUAAUGAGGAUGAAGAUGAAGAUCCAGAGAGUAUACCGUUCGAUCAAAGAGUCUGGUCUAUGACCAUGAAUGGCAAUACUGAAUUUUUAACUAAUGGUGAAGAAAUGAAUUGGAAUUUCCAAAAUAAAUUCGAAGCCGGUUCAGAUGCUGAUAUUAGAGCAAGAAAACUAGCUGCUGAGCAAGCUGGUAAAAACCUUAGUUCUGGUUUAAUUGAAGCUGAAAAUGAAGAAAAUGAAACUAUUUAUGUUAGUGUUGAUAUUCCAAGUCAUAAUUAUAGAGAAAAAACUGAAAUUAUUAGAUCUGAAAAUUUGCAAUUUUCGGGAUUAGAAACUGAACAACCAUUGUUCAAAAUUGGUGAUAAAAUUUAUCAGGGGGACUGGCGUAAGUUAGUAGGAACUGAACUAGCAUUUCCAAAUGCUUCACUAACCAAGAAAAAUAUCGAUGAAGAAAAUAUAAGUUUAUCACCAAUAAAUCAAGUGAAACAUGAUAAAACAAAGAAGAAUUCUAAUAGGGAAGAAGAAGAAGAAGACAACGAUGAAGAACAAGAGACUGAUGAAACUGAUGGUGAAGAAGAAGAUGAUGAUGAAGAAGAAGAAGUAAAACAAGAAGCUCCUAGCGAAAAGAUCUAUAGAAUAACAGAUAGAAUCAUUUUAAAUGAAGUUAAGCCAAUGUAG